AUACAAUCGUCUUCUUCAUCUUUUUCUCUUCUUCUUCUCCAAGAAAACAGUGAAGAAGAAAAUGGGACUCCUUAAGCCAACCAUGGCGAUCCUUUUCCUAGCGAUGGUCGCCGUUGCAUCAGCCGUGGACAUGUCAAUCAUCUCCUACGACGAGAAACACGGCGUCUCCACCACCGGUGGCCGUAGCGACGCAGAGGUUAUGAGUAUCUACGAGACCUGGUUGGUGAAACACGGCAAGGGUCAGAAUCAGAACUCUCUUGUUGAGAAAGAUCGACGGUUCGAGAUCUUUAAAGACAAUCUUCGUUUCAUCGAUGAUCAUAACGAGAAGAAUCUUAGUUAUAGAUUGGGUUUGACUCGGUUUGCGGAUCUUACUAACGAUGAGUAUAGAUCCAAGUUUCUUGGAGCUAAGAUGGAGAAGAAAGGUGAGAGAAGGACUAGCCAACGGUACGAGGCUCGUGUCGGUGAUGAGCUACCGGAGUCUAUUGACUGGAGGAAGAAAGGAGCUGUGGCUGAGGUCAAAGAUCAGGGUAGUUGCGGGAGUUGUUGGGCAUUCUCAACCAUUGGAGCAGUGGAGGGGAUUAACCAGAUCGUUACCGGAGACCUAAUAACCUUGUCUGAACAAGAGUUAGUCGAUUGUGACACUUCAUACAACGAAGGUUGUAACGGAGGUCUCAUGGACUAUGCUUUUGAGUUCAUUAUCAAGAAUGGUGGAAUCGAUACAGACAAAGAUUAUCCUUACAAGGGUGUUGAUGGAACUUGUGACCAGAUCAGGAAAAACGCUAAAGUUGUCACAAUUGAUUCAUAUGAGGAUGUUCCCACUUACAGCGAGGACUCGUUGAAGAAAGCAGUUGCUCAUCAACCCGUUAGCGUCGCCAUUGAGGCUGGUGGUCGUGCGUUCCAGCUCUAUGAUUCGGGUAUAUUUGAUGGAACUUGUGGAACACAACUAGACCACGGAGUUGUGGCUGUUGGAUACGGAACUGAGAACGGCAAAGACUACUGGAUUGUGAGAAACUCAUGGGGUAAAAGCUGGGGAGAGAGUGGAUACUUAAAGAUGGCGCGUAACAUCGCAUCUUCAUCUGGAAAAUGUGGAAUAGCGAUUGAACCUUCAUACCCGAUCAAGAAUGGCGAAAACCCGCCAAACCCGGGACCUUCACCUCCAUCUCCCAUCAAGCCUCCAACCCAAUGUGACAGUUACUACACUUGUCCUGAGAGCAACACUUGUUGUUGUCUUUUUGAGUAUGGCAAGUAUUGCUUUGCUUGGGGAUGUUGCCCACUAGAAGCAGCCACUUGCUGUGAUGACAACUAUAGUUGCUGCCCUCACGAAUACCCGGUUUGUGACCUUGAUCAGGGAACCUGUUUAUUGAGCAAGAACAGUCCAUUUAGUGUUAAGGCCUUAAAGCGUAAACCCGCAACGCCAUUCUGGUCACAGAGCAGAAAGAACAUUGCCUAAAGAGACCAAUGAAUAUUGCUUCUUCAGAGAGAACUCUGACUCACAUGAGAGAAGAGAUCUCUCUGAAGGGAUUUAUCAGAUGCUUUUUAAUGUUGUUGUUUAUGCCAUAACUAGAUACAUAAAAAUGCAGCUUUUGGGUUUCGUGUAUAUAAAAAAAGCACCCUAAGUUUCAUUCAGUUUCAUAGCUGGGUUUCAUUGAUACAGUAAAUUUAUUGUUAAUUC